AUGGCAGUCGAGAAGGAUCCAUCCCUAGCCCCCCUGGCCGAGCAGCACCUGAAGGCGAAAGCAGAAAAGCAACAGUCGCCGUUCGCCGCCGGCGGCGCCGCCACGCUCAACGCCCGCGGCGCGAGCUCAAUGCUCGGGCCGGCCCUGGCGGCGCUGCCGAGCUCGAGCAAGCCCCCGUGGCUGCGCCAGCGCGCGCCGCAGGGGGAGCGGUACACAGAGCUGUUUUCACAGAUGCGGGAGCUGAAGCUUGCGACCGUGUGCGAGGAGGCGCAGUGCCCAAACAUCGGCGAAUGCUGGAACGGCGGCAUGG